CUUGAAUCACUCAACAAGAACGAGCAAUCAGCCAAUGGCCAGUCCCAGUCCAGGGAGUCCACAAACCCUCAGUUCAGGAAAAUGAGUGGGAACUUCCCAUCGGCCAACGGCGAGGCUGGUGGGGAGGCCCCCAAGGGCUACACUCAGGACCAGGUGGAUGCAGUGAAGAGGGUAAAGCAAUGCAAAGAUUACUAUGAAAUUCUGGGAGUAAACAGAGAAGCUUCUGAUGAGGACUUGAAAAAGGCUUACCGGAAACUUGCACUGAAGUUUCACCCAGAUAAGAACCACGCACCAGGGGCUACAGAGGCAUUUAAAGCCAUUGGUAAUGCGUACGCAGUAUUGAGCAACCCGGAGAAGAGGAAGCAGUAUGACCAGUUUGGAGAUGAGAAACUCAACCCAGCUCGGCAUGGACACAGUCACUCGGACUUCCACCGCGGGUUUGAGGCAGACAUCUCCCCCGAGGACCUCUUCAACAUGUUUUUUGGUGGUGGUUUUCCUUCUAGUAACGUUCACAUGUACAGCAAUGGCAGGAUGCGAUAUACCUACCAUCAGAGGCAGGACAGACGAGAACAUCAGGGUGAUGGUGGCCUUGGGUUGUUUGUCCAGCUGAUGCCUAUCCUCAUCCUGAUCAUUGUGUCUGCUCUCAGCCAGAUGAUGGUCUCCAGCCCACCCUACAGUUUGAGCCACAGGCCGUCUGUGGGUCACAUACACAGGAGAGUGACAGAGCACUUGAAAGUCAUCUACUACGUAUCUGAGAACUUCGCAGAUGAAUACACAGGCGCGAACCUGAAAAAUGUUGAAAAGAGCGUGGAGGAUGACUACAUUGCAAACCUUCGAAAUAACUGCUGGAAAGAGAAGCAGCAGAAGGAAGGCUUGUUGUACCGGGCACGCUACUUUGGAGACUCGGAUCUGUACCAGCGAGCACAGAGGAUGGGCACCCCCAGCUGUAGCAGACUGUCAGACGUUCAAGCCUCCCUGCAUGGAUAGUCACCGCCUGCCCACUCAGCAGAGACUCUUGAAAUGCCUGAAGACUUUCGGUGAAGUGCACUGAGUCGAGGUGACAGACUUGCUAUUUAAAAGAAUCAAACCUUAUCUUACAAAUGGAAUUGGAGAAUUAGCAACGCACAACUGCCCUCUUUCUUCUCUCUGCCUGUCUCUGCCGUUCGACCUACGUCUGGGGCAGCGAUUAGGACAGGAAAUCAAGCUGCCCAUGUUCCUCCUUCCCUUC